AUGGACAAAGAAAAGAUUCAAUCCACCAUUUCCAAACUGGAAGAUGUUAAAGAUAUCUUUAACGUCGAGGGAACCGAGCCGCCAUUUCGCAGUAAAGUUAUGGAUCUCCACUAUAUCUGCGAUGAGGCGCCGAUUAAAGUCCCCGCUAAGCCUUGGACGGCUGUGACGAAUGAUGAUGAUCUUGUUUCGCAUCUUGUCUCGUUGUAUUUUACUUGGGAUUAUCCUGUGAAUGCGUUUUUGGAUCAAGAUGUGUUUUUGAAGUAUAUGGGUGCUCCUGCAUAUGUCAUCCCCGGCGACAUUUCCUCCAAAGGAUGUGACUUCCUCGCUGAAGCAGAACGACUCAAAGCGGAUUCUCCCUCCAGACCCAGCCUGGCUACGCUGCAGGGUACCCUUCUGAUGUAUGAGCGGUACGCGAUGUCUCGUGACGAUGAUCUGGGAUAUAUCAUGCUUCAUGAGGCCAUCCGUAUGGGCGAAUCGCUCGGACUUGUGGGCAGUUCCGGUCCGCACAUUACUAGCGAGCAAUUGUCCAGGGACAUGGAUGCUUCGUGUCGGCGGACGGCGUGGGGACUGUUCAAUAUCGAUACGAUGGUUCAUACGGGCUUUCUUCGCCCUUGUCUCAUUGCCCAUGUCAAUAUGCCUCGUGUUGGUCGCGAUGUUGGUCAAGAUCAGCUUCUCUGGAGACCGUAUCCGACGCAUCGGCAGUCGCGACCGUCUGAGAUCAGUUUGUACUUUGAUGAGGCGUGUAAUUUGUCGACCAUUGCGCGCGAUAUCUCGCGGAGUAUGUUUGGCGAGGAAAGACAUCAGCAGUUGAGUCGCGAGGAUUUAUACGAGCGGUUGAUCCGGUGGAAAGAGUUGUUGCCGGAUGAAUUUGAUGGUGCGAUGCCGCCGCAUUUAAUAUUGCUAUUAAUGCGAUUCCAUACUCUCGCUGUAAAUCUGUUCAGCUGCGUCCCCUAUGACUCCUCCAACUCCUCCGAUGCACCGAAAACGCCCGAGAGCCCACGAUAUUCACCAGAACCCAAAUACACUGCCUGGAAUGUAACGCAGUCGGCCGCACAGGGUAUUGCAGCACUAACUCGUCUCCAUCGUCGCGAGUACGGAAUGAGUCGGGCCCACCCGUUCGCUCUGUACGCUAUCACUCUGGCCCUUUUCACGAUGAUGGAGCACCAAUCAUUCAAUGUCCUCGACCAGGACUUCCUAUCCCUUGCUAGUGCAUUAUCGAUUGUGGCUAGUCGCUCCGCCUUGGGUCGCAAUCUCUUCCAUAUCUUCCGACAAUCAGUUCGAGCUAAGGCGCAAGGCGAUCGUAUUCGCGACGCCAGUUCCGUCCCGGACGAGUUAAAGGACCUUUUUGACGAGGAACCGACCAACCGCGGCCACUCGCGUUUUGAUGAUUACGCGGAGGGCUUGGAGAAGCUCAACCGAGAUGAAAAGUACCACGGCAUUGGCGAAGGCCAGAGCCUCCAGGAUUAUCCCGGCUUGGGUCUUUCCGACAUGUUGGAUCGAUAUGAGAGCCUCAGUCUUGGGAAGGACAGCAUUUUACCUGCACGACAGUAUCCGGCUCCAUGCUGA